UAUAAUUAACCCCAAUUCCAUUUUCCAUUCAAACACCUUCUCUAUAAUCUCGAGAAAUAAGUGCAGAGACGCUUUUUCAAUCCUUAUCGUUUGAAAUGGCUCGUACUAAACAAACAGCUAGAAAGUCCACCGGAGGUAAGGCGCCCCGGAAGCAGCUGGCUACCAAGGCCGCUCGUAAGUCAGCUCCGGCGACUGGUGGAGUUAAGAAGCCUCACCGUUUUAGGCCAGGAACUGUGGCCUUAAGAGAGAUUAGAAAGUAUCAGAAGAGCACUGAGCUUCUGAUCAGGAAGCUUCCAUUUCAGAGGCUGGUGAGAGAAAUCGCUCAGGAUUUCAAGACCGAUUUGAGGUUCCAGAGCAGCGCAGUCGCGGCUCUUCAAGAAGCUGCUGAGGCUUAUCUCGUCGGCCUCUUUGAGGACACCAAUCUUUGUGCAAUUCAUGCUAAGAGGGUUACCAUCAUGCCUAAAGAUAUUCAACUUGCUAGGAGGAUUAGAGGUGAGAGGGCUUAGAGAAGUAUUAUAAGUAGAAUUUCUGGAUCUUUGUUGUUUUCUAGGGUUCAUGAUCUGGAAAAAGAAAUGUAAAUCGAUUUGAAAUCUAAUUAAAGUCUUUGUUCUAUCA